CCUGAAGCUCGCCGCCGCCGUUCUUCUGCAGCCAGGGCACCCCAGAGCGAGGAUGCUGCCAAACCCAGCGCAUUUAUGCGCCGGAAGGCCUAUGAUGCAGCUCGUAGGCUCUCGUUCGCUGCAUCAAGCCCUCUUCCAACACUACAGGACAAAGGAACUUUGUUUUCGACGCCGUCCUCCUCCUCCUCCUCCAUUUCAAGGCCUAUCUUCAAAGGCGUGAAACACCUGCCGGGAAAAGAUGGAACUCCCAGUGCGGCGGCUCGUCGCCUUCGCGAUUCUCAGGCCCAAGCUCAGCGUCGUCGGGCUACGCGUUCUGUGGCUGCUGAUAAGCGGCGUGGUCUUCUCUAA